UUUGACAUAAACGUGUCACCUUGAGAUUUUUUGGUUGACUUCAAGUUUCAGACUUUUUUCAAAACAAACUGAAUUUCAAGUCACUAAGCCUCAAACGAGACCAAAAAUGAGAUUUCAAACAGCAGGACAGUCCCCAGUGAUGUGUGAUUCUUGUCCCAAAUGCUUAAAUCAUUAAAGCAAAGUGGCUUUUAAUGCGUUUAUUUUUUUCCACUUUACAAGCUGAGGUGUGAUACGGAAGAUACGGGGAGCCCUGGCUGCGCUGCUCACCUGUAGCAUCUCCUCCGCUCAGCCGACACUUUGAAUUUGCACUUUUUAAAAAACAAACAACAAACAAACAACGCACAGACACGCCACUUUGUGACUAUUUCAAGAUAGAGAUCCCGUCCUAUAUCUGCAAGAAAAAUCGCACUCCACACAGUUCAUUCAUUCUGAAAACACAGCCGCCUCUUGUCACCUCCAGAGGGCUUUGGAGUGCGUAAAGGACUGCUGCGCUUUUACGCAAAAAAAGACUUUUAAAAAAUCCAACUGAUACAUCCACCUGAGGAUCCAAUCUACCCUUUUUUUUGGUCACAGACACAAAGUUUGACGACACUUCAGCGCAACUUUCAACCGGUUUUUGAAAGUCUUCCAGAGCUCCAGAGAGACCGCCGGACUCUCCAUCAUCAUGCUGUUCGACAGUUUCGACCUCGUCUCGGCGCUGGCCACUCUGGCCGCCUGCCUGGUGUCCAUGGCGCUUCUCCUCGCCGUCUCCCAGCAGCUGUGGCAGCUCAGAUGGACGGCGACGCGGGAUAAAAACUGCAAGCUGCCCAUGCCCAAAGGAUCCAUGGGCUUCCCUUUCAUCGGCGAGACCUGCCACUGGCUUCUGCAGGGUUCGGGCUUCCACGCGUCACGGAGGCAGAAGUACGGCAACGUGUUCAAGACCCACCUGCUGGGUCGCCCUCUAAUCCGGGUGACGGGCGCCGAGAACGUGCGUAAGGUGCUGAUGGGCGAGCACACGCUGGUGACGGUGGACUGGCCUCAGAGCACCGCCACGCUGCUGGGACCAAACUCACUGGCCAACAGCAUCGGAGACAUCCACCGCAAGAGGAGAAAGGUGUUUGCCAAAGUGUUCAGCCACGAGGCCUUGGAGUCCUACCUCCCCAAAAUCCAGCAGGUCAUUCAGGAGAGCCUUCGAGUGUGGAGCUCCAACCCCGAGCCCAUCAACGUCUACAGGGAGAGCCAGAGAUUGUCAUUCACCAUGGCGGUGAGGGUGCUGCUGGGCUUCAGGGUGUCAGAAGAGGAGAUGAGACAUCUCUUUUCAACCUUCCAGGACUUCGUGAACAACCUCUUCAGCCUGCCCAUAGACCUGCCAUUCAGCGGCUACAGGAAGGGUAUCCGUGCACGAGACAUACUGCAGAAAAGCAUAGAGAAAGCCAUCAGGGAAAAGCCGCUGUGUACCCACGGCAAGGAUUACAGUGACGCACUCGACGUCCUGAUGGAGAGCGCCAAAGAGAACGGCACUGAGCUCACCAUGCAAGAACUGAAGGAGUCGACCAUCGAGCUGAUCUUUGCCGCCUUCGCAACCACUGCCAGCGCCAGCACCUCCCUCAUCAUGCAGCUCCUCCGCCACCCUGCUGUCCUGGAGCGCCUCAGGGAGGAGCUGAGAGCCAGGGGCCUCCUCCACAAUGGCUGCCUCUGCCCUGAAGGAGAGCUGAGGCUGGACACCAUCGUCAGCCUCAAAUACCUGGACUGCGUCAUCAAGGAGGUGCUGAGACUCUAUACGCCCGUCUCAGGAGCCUACCGGACUGCCGUGCAGACGUUUGAACUUGAUGGAGUCCAAAUUCCAAAAGGCUGGAGUGUGAUGUACAGCAUUCGGGACACCCACGACACCUCGGCUGUCUUCAAGGAUGUAGAUGCCUUCGACCCUGACCGCUUCAGCCAAGAGCGGGGUGAAGACAAAGAGGGACGCUUCAACUACCUGCCCUUUGGCGGAGGGGUUCGGUCUUGCCUGGGGAAGCAGCUCGCCACACUCUUCCUCCGCAUCCUGGCUAUCGAGCUGGCAAGCACCAGCCGCUUCGAGCUGGCCACCCGGCAGUUCCCCCGUGUGGUCACAGUACCUGUGGUCCAUCCGGUUGACGGGCUGAAAGUCAAGUUCUACGGCCUGGACUCCAACCAGAACGAAAUCAUGGCCAAGACAGAAGAGCUGCUCGGAGCGACGGUUUGAAGGGCGCAAAGUUACCGAGUAGGGGGGGUGAGUGAUUGAAGAAGAUUGAAGGAAGGAAAGAAGGAAUUUCAGAGUUAUUUUUUCUUCUCCACCUUUGCUCUGCCGAGUUGAAGGCUCCUUUUCAGACUAAAAGAAAAGUAGAAGUCUUCGUCUCUUGUUACAACUGGUGAUGUUUGGGACUUUCCUCCAAGAAAGGAAGAAGCUGCCAAAAAAAAAGUUCUUAAUUAUGCUCUAUUCUCUGUAUUUUUUUAAAGAAAUAUACAAACAAAAUGUAUGUACAAAAAAAAAAAGCUAUGUAAUAUAAUUCGAAAGAGAAUGUGGGUAGUGCACAAUGGGAGAAAGAAAAGUAUGGUGGUACUUUUGGUGAAAUGAAGUGUCGAAAUUAGAAAAGUAACAGUAAAGACGGUUGUAGAGGGAAGGCGAGAUGGAUGAAACAGGGUAUAGGAUGAAAGAAUAUGAUAUUUUAGCAUUUUGCUUGUGCUUAAUCAAAAUCAGUGAACCAUUACAGUUGUCUACCAGGGUAAAAGAGAUGGAUAUAUAGUUGUAAGAAAGUUUUAGAUUAACUGGGCCUAGCUGGUUAAUCUAGCAUUCUUCACAGUGCCACCCAGAUGCAACUCAUGUUUUCUGCUUAUUUGAAAAAGAUUUGAUAGAAUGACAGAAAUCAGUGGUGGCUUUUUUUCAGGUGUUUUCCAUCAAUGGUCCAUCAAAAUUCAAAUUGUUUACUAGCUUACAGAUGUAGUCAAAA